AUGAAGGCCAAGACUGGCGAACUGAUAUCGCUGAUGGACGCUGAAGCUCCACCUACCCCGCCGCCUUCUCAUGGACAGUCAUUCCCAACUGGAGCAGCAGAUUCACCAGCAACUCCUCUCAGCGUUAAUUCCUCAGCAUCCUCUACUGUAGCAUCCUCGUUAACAGCAGGAGGUUUCUCUAUUUCAAUUUCGGGAUCAGAAUCUGGUGCAGGUGCUGCAGCACCCGUUCCGUCAUCAAUUGAUUCAUCCUCGUUAUUGGAUCUCAACGUGGACGUAUAUGGAGGCAUGGAUCAGGUGUACCUCAAAGCGGCCGGCAUGCGCAGUGACUUCACCAUCACGUUUGGCGCUACAGUCAACUACCAACUUCACAAAUUCCCCCUCUAUUCCAAGACUGACUAUUUCUCCAAGCAUGCUGUGGAGGAGGAGAAGAGCAGCUCCAGGCGGAAUUCUGGAGACCCAGAGAGCUCCGCCAAUGGGAAGCGAGCUCGUCUUGGCCUCUCCAACCACCCAGGCGGAAUCGAGACAUUCAAACUCGUCGCAUGCUUCUGCUACGGCGUUCCCAUUACAAUCACCCCUGAUAACGUCACAGCUCUCUACUGUGCAGCGAUUUACCUGGAUAUGAGAGAUGACCCCCGAGCUGCCAUGUGCGGUGGUCCCUAUGACUGUAACCUGCUUUCCCUUGCUUCUCGCCACCUCACCUCGUAUCUGUCUCACCCCCGGGCUGCUCUCACCGUGCUCCAAUCGUGUGAUGCCAGCUCAGCGAUUCGGGCGAGUGCUGAGUCAGCAGGGCUGCUGCUGACCACCGUGAACGCAGUCGCACGAUUGGUAGUGAAAGAAGCGGGGAAAGGUGACGACGCUUAUGACGGUUCUGAUGCUGCUGCUGUUGAAACAGAUAAGGCAGGCAGGGAAGAGAAGGCCAAGGAUAAGCUGCACGCUGCUGUGAGCACCAUGGGCAUGAGUGCACUGCAUCUCUGUGCUCUGCUCGAGGCCUACUGCAACACGUGGCUACCUUUCCCUGUGGACGUCUCAUCCACGUCCACGUCAUCCACAGCCACGUCAGCAGACGCCCAAACUACGUCCACGUGGAAACCCAUCCUGGAAGCAGCAGUCGCGCUGCUCUUUGCACUUUCAGCUGGGUCCUCCGCAACAGGGCAGGCUGCUAAAGGGGCUGGGGGGCUGCCGUCCAUUCAGCUGCUGGUGCGACUGCUGCGCCUCUGCCCUGAGGUCGAUGCCAGCGAAUCUGCCAAGUCGCACCUGCAAACCAUGAUCGGCCGUCGGAUCACCGAGUGCCAAGUCGAUCACCUGCUUCCGCUUCCUCCAUCCGAGAUCCUCGCUCUCCUCACAAUCUUCACUUCAAACACGCCUGAUACAAACGCUGCUGCUGCGGCAAUCACUCCGCCGACUGGCUCCUCUGCUGCAGCUGUGGAAGGCGCAGGCGCUGCCAGCCUCUCUCAGGCUGCAUCUAUCGUGGACAGUUACUUGAAGGCCAUCUCCACCUCUCCCAACAGCAGCAGCAUCAGCCCCGACUCCUUCAUAUCCCUUGCAACCGCACUGCCUCUCGUCUGCCGCCCCUCGCACGAUGCUCUCUAUGAGGCACCGGUGGCAGAUGCUGCGUCAUCCACCUCCCUCUGGCCGCCCUCCUUCACUGUAGCAGUGCUGACAUGGCAGAAACAGCUGCUCGCAAGCCAUGCACAGCAGCUGAUGUCACGAGGCAGGGCGCUGCAGCAGCAGAGGGAGCAGGCGGAGAGGGAGAGGGAGAAGCUGCAGAGGGAGGAGCAGCAGAUGCAGGGAGAGGUGGAGGAGGAGGAGGGGAAGGCUGUUGCUGUGAGGGCGGAUAUCAGGCAGGAGACCCAUGGGCUCACUCAGGCUUUGGUGCAGGUGGGUGCAGCUUAUGCAGCAGUCUUUGCAGAGACUGCUCUCGGGUGGCACCACUGCCCUGUCAUUUCCCUCCCUCCCAAUGCUCUGGUUUAUGCAGAAGCCAAGAGGUCUCUUUAG